AUGAAGGUUGCUUGUAGCUCAAGUGGUGGUGAGACGAUGGAUCCAGUUCCAUGUGCCUUCUCUCCCUUUCGGCUCGGUCACGUUCUUAAUUUAUAUUACGGAACUGAAACAAGGCCUCAUAGAAAAUUUUUAACUAAGAAAAUUGUAGGGCUUUACCCCGAAGGGAGCCCUUCCAGAAAUUCUCGAAGGCCCAAGACAAGCUUAGGCCCAGGAGGGGGUUUGGAAAUAGUUUUCAACCAGCAAUAGACGCGCCUCGGUUAGUACCUCAUUAGCUGCGUCAUUGCCCCAAGCGCAAAGAUGCUUUUUCAGAAGGCACGCGAGUCUUUACUUAUAGCGCAUGUUAUUGAGUUAAGAUAGUCUCACAAGCGAUGUGGGAUAUAUUAACGCACCGUCUCAAAUACACAAACAGGCUUUAUGCGUCUUGGGCCUAGAAUUCGUUCAAUUAGUUUCUUAUAGGCUUUUAAGUGGUAAAACAAAUAGGUCUGGGUUCUGUACUUUUUACAUUUCUUUGCAAUUGAUUUCACAUGAAAUUUUGCAUGUUUUCUUUUUUAACCGAAUUUUGCAUGUAUUUAAAUUACUAAAAAGCUGUGAACUUGAUUGAUAACAACAGAUAUGUAAGUUGUAACACUGAGAAUGAGAAUCGUAGGGAGUCUAGGGACCGCACGAACGCAGGCCUCCUUUGACACAAAUAAUGAUGUAGGCUCUUCCUCAUGGGAAGACCUUAAGCUAAGCACCCCUCUGAAGUGCAAUGGAACUCACUAGCCUAGGACACUCGUCUUCUUGAUCACGAGUCGACCCCUGUCCAGGUUAGUGCGCUGGUCUUACAGCUGUUGAAUAGCAGGGAUGUUACUAUUAACACGUAAUGUGCAUUUUACAACUCCUGAUAUAGAACAGUGUGUCGGUCUUACAACUGUUGAAUAUCAGAGUUUUUUGUAUCAUAGACCUGGGCAAUAAAUUCUAGGCCCGCUCACUUAAAAGUGUUUGGUUUUCCCAUUUCUUUCUUUUGUUAUGAUUUCAGUCAUUUUAUUCUAAUGGAUAUGGUUUAUUUUUGCUUUUUUUUUUAAGAUGUCUAUCAUGGAUUUGACAAUAAAACAUCUUAUGUUUUUUGCGAAAAUAUAAUUCACAGCUUAACAAAAAAAAAUCAUAAAUUAAUAAGCUAUGUACACAUCAAGCUACCUAUAUAUUUUAUACAUUAUAUACAUUGUUUUAUUCCGGGACAAUGGGUUAAGUGUAGAAGCAGUCUUCCAUCUUGAAACUACACUUCUUCCACUAUGAUCCCUAUAAAUACUUGUUAAUAUUUCCUCAGGCUAAGCUCGGCUUGUAACUGUUCAAGGUUAAGACAACAAUGUACUAAUUAAUCUUAGACCAAAAUUUAUGAAAGCUACAUGAAAAUACGGAUCACUGAUUUAUAUCAAAGAAUAAAACUUAUUAACUUACAAGCUUCAACUGUUCAUCAUAUCGCUCUUCAUUAACACUUAACAGCGCGUAUGUUUGUACUCUCGCAUCAAGGCAAACCUCUGCCCAUUUGGUCAGUUUCCUUUUGUUUGAAGCAAAGCUAAAUUGAAACACAAAUAAAAGCGUAAUUCAUGAAUCAUUUAUUAAAAAAUAAAAUUAUAUUCAGAUGCGCGUAUAUAUGUGAAUGUGAUAAGGUAUUUUCAGAUUUUUGCCACUUUUACAGAUUCGAUGUCGGCUGCUCUAUGCCUCCUUCACCCACUCUCAAGACUAUCCUCUCCCCAAUUUGUCUUUCUUUCUUCAUUUGUUUUUAUCACUUAAGCGUAUUUUCACAUUUCAUUUUUAGCAUACAUAGAGCAUCUUAUGUUUAGGUAACUAGGUUUUAUAAAAAACACACAAGAGUAUCUUUAUAGCCAAAUCGUUUCGCAAAAGUCCAAGCUUGGUUAAUUAUCACACUUGAAAUGACGGUACCGUAUCGAUACAUAAUUAGGACGGGAGGUGACUUAAACCAAUUUCUUAUUGCGUAAUAUAUUAUUGGACUGGACUAAUUACUAACUAUCAAUACGACAAAUAUCAGUUUUAAAAUUUUUGUGGUCCUUAGCAUUUUCACACAACUAGCUAACCUAGCUAUGAAACAAUUAACAAGUUAUCAUUAUAUGCUUAAACAAUGAACUUGAUAUAUCCAUAAACUACGACAACAGUCUCAGCGACUACAAAAUAGUAUACCUUAAUGUUUUAGAAGAGCAUGAACCUCAAAUCACGAAUCCGUUGUCUUUUUGACUACUAUUUAAAACAAUUAUUAGAAAAAUGAUUAAGGCUUUAUAUUUGAUACGUCGAUGAUACUGUCUUACUUUUGUCUUCAACAAUUAUGAGACACGAAUCAUGAGACACGAAUUCUAGCCACAAAAACGGAGACAACGAAUUCAAAAAGGCCAUGCGCAAGUUUGCAAGGAACCACACACACGUUAUACGUAAUACCAUUAUAUGAUUUGUAUUAUGAGUAUUAGUGUAUACUAUAUAUAUAUGUGUGUGUGUGAUUAUAGCUAUUAUGUGUAUAUAGCAUGUAUAAGGGAAAAUAUUCUGUGUGUAUAUGUCUAGAUCGCAAUCGAAUCUUAUUUUAAUAUUCAAGAUAUGUAGGAUCAUUCAUGUCUGAUAUGCUGGUGUCUGGAACUUGUUCCUCAGAGAUUAUCUUGGAUUGUUAAUUUUCCGCUUAGUUAUUCUUCGUUGGUUUAAAAAGAAGGUUUCUAGAAUUCACAUAUCCUUUAGUGCAUGUCUUUUGACCAAAAGAAUAUCCCUUCCAAUUUUUUUAAUUGGUUAUUCGUUAAUAUACCUUAAAUUAUAUGAAAGCACCAAUCAUUAAUUUGAUUAUGUAUUUUUUUUUUCUUUUGAUAUCAACAUUUUAUUGUAGGGGUGGCUGCGGUGGAUCUUUGAUUUUCUCUAGUAUGGUAUUGUGGCAAAUCACAUUGGUAAGCUUUUCAUCACAUGUGCUAUCUUCUGUAGAAUGGAUCAAGCUUAAUCGAUUUUGGAAAAUUAUAUCCAUUAGUGUAAUUAUGAGAUGAUAGGACAGUAAAAGUAAUUCUUCAUAUUUUCUGUUAUUCUUUUCACGCCAAAUGUGAUAGUCAGUUGUUUGAUAUACAUAUCUUACUAUGAAUGUUUUGAAAUGAUAAAAUACACGUUAUAAAAUUUAUAUGUCCACAUUUUUGCCUUACUACCGAAGGAAAAGUUCAUGGCCGUACAAAGCUAGGCAAGAAAUCUCGAACCCAAAGUUGCACAUCAGGUUUGAUGUGAUUGUAAACAGAAAAAAGGUCACGUAGGUUUUUCUUUAUAAUGAAUGGCAAGGCAGUAUGUAAAUGAUGUCAACUGAUAUUAUAAAGUCGUUGUAUAUAUAUUUGAGGCAUAUUUAUGACCUGCAACGUGUGUCCAUAAAUGUUUGAAAUUAUCUUAGAAUUUAUUUUUGGGAAAUUGUAGCGAUUAGUCUACGAUAAAUAAAUAUUUAAGACAAACCCCAACGGAGGGUUUAGGACAUGUUCUAUUAAUUAAAAAAAUUAAAAGUAUUAGAAAGAGUAGAGUCAGAGAAGUUUGUUAACUCUGCUACUACUACCAACCCCAACAAAUUUUUUUUACAAACCCCUUUUACACAUGUUUUUUUUUCAUUGGUUUACAUUUAACUUUUCUGAUUUAAAAUUUAUUUUCUAAUUAAACUAAAUAAAAGUUAUUAAUGCUAAGUUGGUUGGAAACCAUUGGGAAGAUAUUUCUCGUUAAUGCUGCUCUUAUGGUCUAUAACUAGGGGAAAAAAAGCUAGGAAUUCUUAUAAAAUCAUCCAAUUUUACCUGAAAUUUAACUUUCGUAAUUAAAUAAAAAACUAUGUUUUUUGGUCCACUCUAUAAAAAAAAUACUAUACUUAGUAAAGAAUCAUAGUUUGCAACCUAAUGAUUUAUAAUAAUAUCGUAAUUAUUAAAAUUUAAUUUCUAUAAUGUACAUGUGUGAGUUGUGAAAAAUAUAAGAAAUUGCAAUUUAUGAUAAACAAAGAUAAGAGAAUCCUCAACUGAUCGUUCUCCUUCAUAACUGCAAUAAACGAUAUUCCCUCCGUUUCCGAAAGUAAGAUGUUUUAGAUUUUUUAUUUGUUUCACAAAGAUGGUCUUCAUAACCUUCAAAUUUGUUCGGACUCUAUAAAGUCUCAUGUGUUCGUUUUGAUAUUAGGGCAUCAGCAUCAGUGAACCCCAUGGAAGGGGUUCACAGAGUAUUUUUUUAUUAUUUUUUUCUAUUUGAUUUUUGUUUAAAAAAAAAAAUUAAUUAAUUAUUCGGACCAAUCGCGGGCCGCCACGGCACUACAGUGAUGACCCGGGUUCAGUGCAGUGACCCUGCAAGAGACAGGUUCACUCCUUUUGUUUAUUUUAAUAUAUUUUUUUUUUCGAAAACUGUGCGAACUCCCCAUGAAGUUCACUGAUGCAGAUGCUCUAAGCCUUAUUAUGUCCUUCUCUCCUUUCUCGCUUUGCAAACUGUCUAGCAUGAUACUUUAGUCAAGGCUGUAUUGUAUUCUCCAAGUUCUUUGGACGAUACAGUUUGAAUUUGAAGGAAACCACGCACUGACCCAAAAGCCUAUAUGGAGAGAGACACAUUUUGUUUGGUCAUCCAUGAAAUUAGUCAUGAUUGAUGAUAUAUAUAUCCAAUCAAUUACUUCGUUUAUUCGGGCAAGUUAGAAUAACAAAAGGAAGUAAAAGAGAUAAAUCAUUUUUUAAGCUUGAGAUAAAUCGUUGUUCGAUGGUUUUCUAAUUAUUCCGUGUAUAUAUAUAUAGUUUAUCUUUGUAUUAUGUGAAUUUUUUGUUUCAUGAUUGUUGAUUCUAUUUUUAUACAUUAUUGUUAUGCCGACAAAAACCAAAGUAAUUAACUACUUAGCUUCAAGGCAUAGUAACAUAAGAGAAAAGGUGGUCUGGAUAUAAAACAACUCCACAAUGCUCGCAAAGAAGAGAGGACAAACCAUAGGGGAAUAGAUUAAUAAGGAAGAAAGAUAGGGGGGCAUGUGCUUUGAGAAUUGAGAUAUUAGGCAGAUUCAGAAUCUUCCGGAGACCUUUUUCUUCUUACAUCCUUCUCUCUGAUCAUCUCUCUCUCACAAACAUGUUUCUUUUUACUACAUUUUGAUUCCGCUUUUGGUAUAAAACCCUGUUUUUGCCAAAACUCAGCAUCUUUAACAUAGCUUUCUUUUUAAAUACUUUUAUCCAUAUCUGUGUAUAUGUUUCACUAAGCAACUUGGAACCCUUUUGCGUUGGGUAAAAAGAGACUUCACACCACUGACCUUACACCCACUCACCAAACUUUGCAGUACUAAAUAUCUCUACUCUGAUUGUUUUUGAUGAGGUAUUAUCAUUCUUUGAGAUCCUAAUCGAAACUAAAUGGUCUUUCAUAUAAUUUGCAACGUGCAUAAAACUUUACACACUUUGAACUAGUAAAAUACAGCUUCUAAGUACAUACUUUAAUCCUAAUAUUAGAACUAAGUCAAGCUACCAGUGCUUACUUUGUUAAGAUCUAUAUAUAUAUAUAUGCAUAGUUACAUUAGUUAGAUGAACUAGUUUUAUUGAUAAUUUAUCUAACUUGAUAAACAUUCAAAUAAAGCUAUAUAUCUUACCAAACCUGAAUGUACAACAUCAUAUUGUGUGUAAAUAAAAUAGUUUUUUCUUUAAUCAUUUUCUAUGAAUGAGAUGUGAAAUGGCGUAGUAAAAAGCAAUAACGAACAACCACCUUUUCUGUUGGAUAAACUUAUUGAGGCGGCGAUUUCAUUAGUUUGGUAAGUUUAACCAUUUGAUUUAUAUAUGGACAAUCUAUAAAGGGAUGUCAUUUGCAUAUCCAAUAUAUGUCGUAUUUUUGUUUAUUUCUUCAACUGAUUUUGGGUUUACGAUGAUCAGUUCAGUUGGAGACUUUUUGUUACUUAGCUCCACGAAAACCUUGUUAUCUAGGUAUACUUAUCUUCCAUAUUUUUUUCUUUUCAAUUUAUGCAAUCGGAACAAACUGCCGGUACAAUAGUUUCGAAGGUUGGUAGUUGUAAGUAUUUAAUUAAUCCAAUAAAACGUGUAACCCAUGAUCAAAAUAACGGCUGCUAUGUAAAAUCAGUUACAUAGGUUUUUUUCUGCAGUUACAUAUGCUUUUUCUAUCGGGAAAUCAAACUCAUUGACAUGUCAUACAAAAGUAUAACUGAAACUGACUUAAAAUUUAAAAGGUAUGGCCAAGAACGAUGUAUCAAUUAUCGAGAAGACAAUUCAAUUAUCGAGAAGACAAUUAGUACAAAUUACUUUUGUAACCUGUUCCAGUAAAUGUAUGAAGAAAUUGAUUAAUAAGAAUCUAAUUUAAACAUCAGGGCUGACUAUUUGUUUGAAUCAACAUCGUUGGUAUGAGUUUUUUUUCCUGAAUACCAAGUAAAAUAGCGACAUGUGUCGAGCUGACAUCCAAUCUAUAAGGUUUUUACACGGGAUCCACAUGCACACUCUUGCACGUGAGCUGUCCGUACGUUGGGUCUCCAUCUAACACUAGCAAGAUGUAUUUUCAAUUAAAUUGGGUUUAUGUUUUAAGAGUGUUUUAAAUUUAAUUGUAUUCGCGGAUGAUCUGCAAUAUUUUUUGAAAGUUCUCAUGUUCAGUGGCUGGUGUACUCUGGAUCAGUUUAUAAUUCAAAUCUCUAUUCUAGGAAAGUGUUUUUCCAAGCAGAUGUAUGGAAUGGUUCAAAUGAUUUGAAUGAGUUCUUGUGUUUGACUGCUCAUUAAAUCGAUGAAACAUGGAAACUGAGAGAGAGUUCUAAACAUCUUGAUGGUCGAUCCCGUCUCAUACGGAUGUAGUGCUCGCUGAAGUUAAAAAUAACAUGUUUAAUAGAAUGGGAUAUUGAGCAGAAGUUCUUCUCUAUAUAUGUCCUCGAAUCAUUCCUCCAUUUAGUGAAAAUGUAGCUAGCAAAUUCAAAGACCGGUGAAUCAUUACACAUGAAAGUGCUUUUCAAACUGAAACUCUAUUCUCGGAAAGGAUGAGAGACUUAAGCACAUAAAGAGUGUCCUUUCCUCGCAGUUGUCUUCAAUCGUGAUAGCUUAGACUUUGGAUACAAGUGAGAAAGAGGUUACCUUUACUGUCUUACAUGCAUGCUUUGAUUCCUAUAUCCAACAAAUAAAAAGAAGUACGAAGAAAACAACCAGAGUUAUACUUGUUUUAUCUUGUAGAGCUCCAGCAGAUACUUUAGUGAUAAGAACAUCACUGUUGAAUGAAGUUGAACUAAAAUUCAUGCUAGCAUUUCAAAUACUCUUUAAAAUACUGAUUGAAGUUUAUUGACAUGAUAGGAGAACGUAAAUACCGAAAUUACCCAUCUAUGUUAAGAAAUACCACAACUACCCCCUAAUAUCAUCAUUUGUCAUAUACUCCAGAUGUCCGUUGCUGAACGGUUAAUUCUGGUACUGUAGGUGGGUGAUUCUCAUGUAUUAAAAACAGCCAAAACCAAGAAAAGUUUCAAUUGAUUUUUUUUCUUUGGUCAAAAGAAAAUUUUUAAUACAGCCAAAAAAAUCUAAUUGCAUUAAUUAAUAUAGAAAGUGAAUAUAGCAAAAC